CGUGGCCGUGGCUUCCUCCUCGCACAGAUACAAAACCAACUCGCCGGUGUAGAGAGAAAUCCACUUUGACGCUUAUGGCCACCAGCAUCCACGGCGAUUCCUCUCGAAACAUCCUUCCCCGCCGCAGCAGAUUGCACGAUUUCUCGGUUGCGCCUCCGAUCCUCGCCGUUCUCUUUGAACCGGGCUAUUAAAGAGCCAACAAGCCAUGGCUGAUGUAGUUGAUUUAACUGGUGAUGGAGGUGUCCUCAAGAAGAUCUUGAGACAAGCAAAAGAUGGUGCUCUUGUUCCUUCCCUGGACCUUCCUGUUGUAGAUGGUUUGAACUUGUGGCUUGCAUAUAUUGUUUA